AUGGGAUCAACCGAUAAGGAGGCCACGAACGUGCAGAGUCACGAACAGGCCAACCUGCACGACAAACGACACGCCGUGCAGAGCGAGGACGGCGAACGUCCUCACAAGAUUCGCCGCCUAUCAGACCUUCAACAAGCCUCUCCGGAUUCACUGGUGGAAGACCUCGCUCCUGAAAGCCCUCCCGAGAUCCCCCCCUCGAAGCUGCACAGUCAGCUUCCAUCUCCGUCUGCCACAAAAACCGAUGAGAUACAUCACGAAUCGUCUCCUGCCAACUCUCCCGUACCAGAACGAAAGACAAGGUCGCCGGAUAGGCCCACCGAGCGCGCAUCCGCGAAGAGAGCCCGCUUGCCUUUAGAACCAUCGAACAGCGGUGCACUUGUCGAGAAGUGGCUAUCAAGCGUUCUGCCUAGCGAGGAAUACGCUAUCCAAGACGACAUGAGUCUGCCACCCUCGAAACGAUCUUGGUCCUCAGAUUCGUUAAGUCGUCGACUGUCGCAAUCCGGCGACGGCACGGAAUCCACGGUUUCAGCAGACAAGAAAUACUCGGCCUACAAAGAUGUGAACUACCCGGUGGUCUUGGAGACGAAAGGCAGUUUUAUGCAUCCAUCUGAAGCUGGUCUCGUGAAGGAAGACAAGAUACUGUGCGAGAAGCUUCUCUACACGCACCAACCGCGUCCCGAUCAUUCGUUAUUUGAUGACCGAUUCGACAAAUUCCAGACUCUGAUUAGAGGCCGAUCCGAAGCUCGAGUCUAUCUCGACCUGUAUCCCCUCCUCGUCCCCUCGGUUGAAAACCUGUACAUCAGUGGUCGAGAAGAAUUUCACGGUCUGAUCGAAGGUCACAAUGACCCUUGGGUCAAAGGAAUUUCGUUCUACGGACCCCGACCGCAGCCGGACCGUACAUACGGAUUCAAAUGGUCUAACUUUACCGAAAUUCAGCGCCGGAAGCUCUGCAUCGAACCUUUGGAGAAGUCGUACUACACGGCGCGCGAGGACAUCUAUUUUCCUUUCAUGACUAGCGAGGUGAAGUGUGGGAAGUAG